AUGAGAAGCCUCGCGUUGGGUGCCGCGGCGGCAGCCGGGUCGUCGCCGCCGGCGGCGGCGGCGUCCGUCAUGCGCGCGGCCUGGCAGGCGGUGCGGUGGCACGUGGUGGUGCCGGGGCUGCAGCUGGCUGUGUACGUCUGCGCCACCAUGUCGCUCAUGCUCUUCCUCGAGCGCCUCUACAUGGCGGCCGUGGUCGCCGGGCUCUGGCUGCAACGGCGCCGCAAACGGGCCGGCCGCCGGCGGCUCGCCCGCGACGAUGCCCGGAAGCGCAUGCGGCUAGACGACGACGACGACGACCUGGAGUCCGGCGAAGACCGCCGCUGCCCCAUGGUCCUGGUCCAGAUCCCCAUGUUCAACGAGAGGCAGGUGUAUCGGCUGUCGAUCGGAGCGGCGUGCGGGCUGUCGUGGCCGUCGGACCGGCUGGUGAUCCAGGUGCUGGACGACUCGACGGACCCGGCGAUCCGGGAGCUGGUGGAGGUGGAGUGCGCGCGGUGGGCGCGCAAGGGCGUGCGCAUCCGCUACGAGAACCGCAGCAACCGCAACGGGUUCAAGGCCGGCGCCAUGCGCGAGGGCCUCCGCAAGCCCUACGCCCGGGGCUGCGAGUUCGUCGCCAUCUUCGACGCCGACUUCCAGCCGGACGCCGACUUCCUCCGCCGCGCCGUGCCGCCGCUGCUGCGCGACCCCGGCGUGGCACUCGUACAGGCCCGCUGGCGCUUCGUCAACGCCGGCGACUGCAUCCUCACGCGCAUCCAGGAGAUGUCCCUGAACUACCAUUUCGCCGUCGAGCAGGAGGUGGGCUCCGCCUGCCACGCCUUCUUCGGCUUCAACGGCACGGCCGGCGUGUGGCGCGCCGCCGCGCUGGCCGACGCGGGGGGCUGGAAGGAGCGCACCACCGUCGAGGACAUGGACCUGGCCGUGCGCGCCAGCCUCCGCGGCUGGCGAUUCGUCUACGCCGGCGACCUCGCCGUGCGCAACGAGCUGCCCAGCACCUUCCGGGCCUACCGCUACCAGCAGCACCGCUGGUCCUGCGGGCCCGCCAACCUCCUCCGCAAGGUGCUCCCGGAGAUCCUGCGCAGCGACCGCGUCUCGCCGUGGAAGAAGCUGCACCUCCUCUACGCCUUCUUCUUCGUGCGCAAGGUGGUGGCGCACCUCGUCACCUUCCUCUUCUACUGCCUCGUCAUCCCGGCCUGCGUGCUGGUGCAGGGCGACGUGCACCUGCCCAAGUACGUGGCCGUGUACGUGCCGGCCGUCAUCACGCUACUCAAUGCCGUCUGCACGCCCAGGUCCGGGCACCUGCUCGUCUUCUGGAUCCUCUUCGAGAACGUCAUGUCCUUGCACCGCUCCAAGGCCGUUGCCAUCGGCCUGCUGGAGGCCAGCCGCGCCAACGAGUGGGUGGUCACCGACAAGCUCGGCGGCGGCAAGGCUGCGGCAGCCACGACGGCGGCGGUCGCGAGGAAAGAGAAGAAGCAGCUGCUGCGGAGACGGGAGGUGCACGUGCUGGAGCUCGUGAUGGGGGCGUGCCUGCUCUACUGCGCCGUCUACGACAUGGUCUUCUUUGGCCAGGACCACUUCUACUUGUACCUGAUCCUGCAGUCGGCGGCGGCCUUCAUCGUCGGCUUCGGCUACGUCGGCGCCUCGGUGCCAGCAGCACCCUCCUGA